AUGGAGGUUUUGGUUCGCAGUUUCUCUAGCAGAGGGGAGAAAUCAGCUAAGGAUGUUCUCACUAAGGAGCAGAAGCUGGUUGGCUUUUAUCAAGCAGAGAGUUCACGCUAUCUCUCAUCUGAUGGACUCUUCUUCGCUAACAUGGGAACCCGUUUCUCUCCCUCAAAGUCUAGAGAGUUCAGCAAGAGCCUUCAGUUGAGCAGAGAGUCUACAGAGGACACUGUCUUCAAGUACCUCAUGGAGGCUUCUUCCUCUUGGCUCUCCCGUCCUUUGAAGAAGCUCAGUCCUUUGAACCUGGACAGGAUGAUAAGGCUCACAUCAUAUGUUCAAAGGAAAGAGGCUAGAUUCAUGGACUUUGCACUUGGCGGUCCCUCUGAAUUCUCGAUCCCUAGGUUCUACGACGGUGAUACCGCAGCUCGAGCUCUUGCGCGAGUCGUGAGCCCCUUGGCGAUUUUCCUUCUGUGGCUUCUGGUCAAGACCGUCCACUCUGCGAAGCACGACGAGGCCAUUGCAAGGAAGAACAUGAAGGAUAUGGCUCGACUCAGACAGCUCAUGGUCAGCGAUAACGAUGAGUCCAUGGCAAAGGCCAUGGUGGAUGUUGGAAGUCAGAUUGAAGGCAUCCGUAUGGAAGUAGCCAAUGACAGAGAGACUUUCAGUGAGGAGUUGAAGAAGAAGAAAGACAGAGAAGGAUGA